AUGUCGUCGCAGCCUUCUGAUAUGCUUUCGCGGCUUGGGAGCGAGCCAUUAGACAAUCUUGAUUCACCAUGUCAUGAUCCUACACUGUCCUCUCCUUCCAUAACCACCUCGGCGGCUACAAAAAGGCGCUACUCGAAAGUGUGGCACUAUACACCUGUUGGCCGCAAUGAGGUUACUCUUAAUGCGAAGGGGAAGUCAAUAUGGCGCUGCAAGUACUGCGCAAAGGAGUAUCUCGAGUCUGGUGGAACAACUGUUAUUUCAACCCAUCUAAAGGACCGGCAUAAUAUCGAUAUAUCUUCUACCCAAGAAACCCGAACUGCAUUGAUGCAAGCCACAAUUGUCGACGCCUUCGAAAAGGCCCAUCAAACCACCGAUUAUAAACGCCGCUGUCUAUCCACGAUUGCAACUCACGAUGUAGACCCUGCCGUCCUCGAACAACUAUACGACAGUGGAUCACGACCUGCAGUGUGGUCUUUUCGUAUGGCAAAGCAAGCAGAAUUCAGGGCCUUACUUUGCUUCCUGAAUCCAGCGAUCGACAACUGGCUGCCAAACUCUCCUUCAACCAUACGCAGUUGUACUUUGCGGACAUAUGAGACCCAGAAACUUCGAGUCAAACGCGAGACCCAGUUAGCUCUCUCGAAAGUACACUUCACAGUUGAUCUCUGGACUUCGCCUAAUGCCCUUGCGAUUCUUGGCAUUGUUGCACACUAUACAUCCGAAUCCGGCCAGUUAGAAUACUCCGUUCUGGCUUUGAGAGAACUCGACGGCAAGCACUAG